UUUUUUUUUAAAAAAAAAAACUUAUUCAAUUGACUUCAACUCAUAAUGACUUCCUCUUUUAUACCUUCAGCUUCGUACGAUAUCUCUUUAUUAAAAGAUUCUCAACUAUUAUUGCCAUCAGUGUCCAUAGGCAAUGUACCCCAAUUAACAUGUGAUCUUAUCAUUCAUACCUUGCAUUUGAAACGUGUUGGGUUCAUUUCUUCAGAUGCUGUGAUUCCUGUAGUUGGACAAUAUGAAGACCAACAAGCCAUUGGGAUCUCUGUACCCAUUGAAGUAUAUCAAUCCAAGGAUCGUCGAUGGACAGUGAUACAACAACGAUCACCAACAUUGAAAGGGAAAAAACAGAGUUUGAUAUCGACAUUAAUAACUUUUAUUGCCUCGGCUGGUUUUUCUCAAGUGGUGAUAUUGACAAGUUUGGAUGCGGCUCGACGAUUGGAUUCACAAAUAUCAGGAAUUCCUUUCAGAGUGGUGGGUGAUGUAAACACAGUACAAGAUAUUUAUCAAACAAUUCAGGUUCCAAAUUUGGAAAUGCCUCCAACAGAACAACAACAGAAAGAAGAUAUUGAUAUGACUUCAACGUUACCACCUAUGCCUGGUGCUGGUAUUGCACGCUCUUUAUAUCAACAAUUACAGGAAAAGAAAACAAAAGUCAUCAUGUUUUGUAUGUUUGUUUUGGAAGGUGACAAUGUUCAAGAUAGUGUGGAAUUGGCCAAUUUACUUAAUACGUAUUAUCAUAUCAAAUCAAAAGAUACUGACAUCAACAAUUCAGGAGCAUGGACGCCACCGAAAAGUUGGGAAUGUUUGUUUGGGACUCCUUUCAAUGCAGAAAUAUAUCAAUAGGAUUAGUUUUUUUUUUUUUCCUAUUUUUUUAGUUUUAUUGACUCAUUAUUUUUCUCUACUCGCUUUGACCAAUAAAAAUG